AUGGGAGAACCAGAUUAUACAAGUAAAGAUAGUGCAACUGAUUCAGGUGAUAUGCCUGAAGCGACAAUUGCUAAAACGUCAGAUGAAGUAAAAUACACAACUGCCUUAGAAGCGGAGCAUCUUUAUCAAUAUUAUGAUAAAGAGAUACAGAAUCAACAUUUGAAAAGAGGAUUAGGUGAUCCAGAGAAUUCUGACGACGAGACAGAAGAUAUAUAUGAUGAAUGCGAUUUACAUUAUGAACCUAACACCUGUUUUAAAAACUGGAUAGAUAAAACCGAGGUAAAAAUCAGUGAUGCUGUUGAAAAUUUUAUAAAAGAAGAAAAAGAAAAAAAAGGCAAAAAAGAAGAAAAGAUAAUGUUACAAGAGAUGAAGUUUGAAAUGAUAACGUCUGAAGCCUCUUAUUUGCAAAGUAUAAACACUUUCAUAGAUGUGUUUAUGAAGUCAGAGUUAUUUCGUCGCAUGGAAUCAGGAAAUGACGAAUCUAAACGCGACUUUCAAAAUAUCUUUUCUAACAUAGCUUCAAUCCAAGAAACAAGUGAAAAUUUAUUGAAAGAAUUAGAGAGUCAUUGGAAGAAGGAUAUUCUCAUACCAAAUGUUUGUAAAAUUGUUGCCAACCAUGUGGAGCAGCAUUUUGAAUGCUACGUCGAAUAUUGUGGGAAUGAACAUCGUCAGAUAAAACGAUUAGAAUGUUUGCGUAAAACACAAAAUGACUUCAAUACUGAUCUAACACAAUUGGAAAAAAGCAAGGCUUGCCAGGAAAUGGAUAUUACAUCUUUCAUAAAACUUCCAAUGAAGAGAAUCACUCGCAUUUGCAUCUUGACACAAAUAAUAUAUCACCAGUCUUGUAAAAUCUACGGAAAUGAAAGCGAACCGAAGAAACAUGCAAAUUCUGCACGUAAAGCAGCUGCAAAGAUUUCAAAAAGAUGCAAUACAACUGCUGCAGUUGAACAGGGAAAAGAUAACAUGGUUCGUGCAGCUUCUGAAAUAGAAUUCUCAAAUAAGGAUGAAGCAGACUUCGAAAUUAAAAAAGACAAGAGAUAUCUUGUCUGGGAUUCGGAUGUUUCACGAGUUAUGACAGAAAAAGAUGAGACUAUCAAAUCUGAAGAGCUUCGAUUGUACUUUUUCAAUGAUAAAGCAGUGUUUACUAAGAAAAAAGAACGACCGCCAUAUACCGUAGUCGAGCAUUGUCCACUACUUGCUUUAAAAUAUGAAAACGUUGACGAGAAAUAUAUUGGUAAAUUCAAACAGUUCCUACCUGAGAAAGAUCCAGAACGGUUUUUACUGCAUCUUGUUAUUUUAAACGAUCACAAAAGCGAGAGAUCAGAGCUUAUGCUCUUAUGUAAAAGGAAGAGAGACAGAAAAGAACUGAUGAAACUUAUUGUACCGAUGAAAGAAUCGAUUUAUACAGUUUACGAUUGUCCAGUUGUGAAGUGCAUAAAGGCAUACACCGCAAAAAAUGAUGAUGAACUGUCGUUACAGAUAUCAGAUGAAGUAAAAGUAAAAGUAAAGGAAAAAGACAACUGGUUUGGUGAAAGGAUUAAAGAUUUCGAGGAAGGCUGGUUCCCCAAAAGCCACGUCGAGGAAAAUAGUGAUGAUGAACAUAUUGAAAUGAAACAUCGCCUUCAACGCUAUCUUCUGAUGAGGAAUAACGCAACAUGAAAAUAGUUUUAUUUCGAACUUCAUGUAGUAAUUUCAUGAUUUUUGCUGAAGCCAUAUCAUUGUUUGACAUAUUUCAACUGUACAUACUUGGAUACGCAAUUACAAAGAUAAUACCUAAUUUUCAAGCACCAUUGAAUAAGGUUUGCGAAAAAUCAAUUUCAGCAAACUGUAUAUGCUUAUUAAAGUUCUUAUACAAAUCAUUUAAUUUAUGUUCUACACGAUUUUGACAAAUUAACACUUCUGUACUUAAAAUGCAUAUGACACAUAAAGUUUUUUCUUUGAAAAUAGAUACACACACUUUUUCCAAGAAGCUUGGUGUGCUUUCAUGUCAUGUUACCUUCUACUUAUAAAACGACCGAACAGCAAAAUAAUGAUAGCUUAUGAAACUAUCAUUCUUAUGCUUUUCGAUCGUUUCAUAUUAUCCUUUUUGGAACUCGAUGGAUAUGUGAAUAUCUAUUUUGCGAAUUAGAGAUUUAUUGAAUUUAAUGGCCAUAUAAAAAGAUAGGACAGCGUUAACAUGAAGUCAAAAACUUAUAGAAUAUUUUUUAAUUUUAAUUAGUUUAAAGAAUAUGCUAUCCUUUCUCAAAAGUUACACUUUAAUCAAUUAACAUUAACCUUAAAUGAAUUAGAGACAAGUACAAACUGUCUUACAAGACUAUAGAAUCUUUAACUGGCUGCCGGUAAAGAGCUUUAGGGCAACUGUUUACUGCAGUAACGAGGCUCUGCCGAGUUUCCGCUUAACAGUUAUCCGAGAGCUAGAUAUUCCCAUCCGUACCGACAGCUGGUGUUUGGUUCUUUUUCAUGCAUAUUACAUAUCAAUUAUCUUCAUUACGCACUUUUCUUGUAGAAGCGUAUGAACUAACAACUUCAUUCAUAACGGUAAAAUGACGUCAUCCUAAGAACGCAAUUUAUUCAUAAAUGGCGCGCGGCAAUGAUGUUAUUUAAAGUACGUGACAUGUCUUACAUCAGGGGUGUAAGACAGGUUUUUCUAGCACCGGUGUAAACAGAAGAUUAUCUUGUCUGAUAUACAAGAAAACUACAAAAUGGCUUGACACCUAAACAAUAGUACAUUUACCUGUCACAUGCCUUUGUGAAAAAUCAUGAUGCCCAAUUGAUCGAAUUUGUUAAUUAUAUAUAUUUUUUAAAUGUCUAUAAGCAUAAUUGUAUAUGUCGCUGCCAUUUACUUUAGAGAAAUGUGAGACAACAUGCCUAAGUCUCGUCAAUGAAAACAGUAGCUUUCUUUCAUUUAUUUUUUUUAAUUUAUCUUUAUUAAAUUAACUUUAAUAUCAUUACGUUCUCGGAAAACUCAUUAUCAGUUAUUAUAACCAUGCCGUCAAAAUAUAUCAGAUAUCAAAAUUUCAUGAUUUCGUCGUGAUUAAUCAUUUUUAGAUAUCCUUUUGUUUCUGGUUGUUUCUGUUUUUUUAUCUAAUUGUAUAAUUCACACUUUGUCCCUCAUGCAUGUGGUUUUUGUAUACUUGUGUAAACAGCAAAUAAAGGCAUAUUUAACCUGCAUUGUCAUAUUAUUACAAUAAUUAAAUGUUGAUCAUCAUGCAAUGCAUUUGGGCAAAGUACAGCAUGCGCAAUAUAAACUGUCACGUCACAUCAAUGAGUCAAAAUUGUUUUCUAUGGCAACGAUAUGUUAGACAACAGAAAUUGGUUGUUUGGACAUGCUAUGUAGUUAUUAAAUAAGAUAUAUCUAUCGUUCCCUAUUUCAUUUGUAGGGUAAUAUCGACAAAACCUAUAACAUUGAAUGUCAUUCUGAAUCUGUAAUCAUAUGUGAUCAUUCUGGAUCAGAUCGAAGUAAUAAUCCUAUUUGAUGAGGAUAUGACGAUACAGAGGGUUGCAAAGUACCAAGAUAAUAUCAACUAAUUUAAAAUAGAUAAAUAACAAUCAAUGAUAACAGAAAAAUGUUUGUUUUGAAAUAUUGACAUGGGUAUCGAUAUAAGCGUCCCUUUGUGUUUUUCUGAGGAAAGAUGCAGACCCAGUUAAUAAGAUAACACUCUAAA